UAUGAAAGUCACCUAAAAGAAGAUCUACGAAUCCCUUUGACCCUUGUGCACGAAUUUUGACGAGGCCAAAGUUGAACAAUUCUCUAACCUUUUUUCAGCCCAUUUUCAAUCUUUAAUUGCUUCCAAAAUCCCGCUGAUUGAACCGGUGGUUUGCCCUUUCCAAAAUCAUAUAUAACCGCCAGGGGUUAAAUCUUUUGGAAGAAUUCAGGGAAAUCUGCAUUGAAAUGGAAUCAUUUUUAUUUGGUUGUUUUGGCUUUUGGGAGGAGUACUUUCACUGAAAUUUAUUACGUGUAAAAUAAUUGAGAAGGCGUCACUGGCAAGAAAUCCCCUGAAAGAUAGCCUAAUCAAAAUAUUGCCUCCAAUCUUGCAAAUCCCUCCCUUCUAAGUCUCACCCCCCAUUAAAAAUCCAUCUCUCACAUUUUCUACUCACUUUUUGCUCCUCCAUCAAUCCAAAUCCAUUUAUCCAUUAUAAUCAUUUGUUUUCUUCAAACACUUAUUUUAUUGUACAUUAAUUAAGUGCACAAAGAAAACUCCCUUCUUACGUUUUCUGGGUUGUUUGCUCCGGUUCCCAAACACCCCCAGGCAAACCGGAGAUCCUUCCUCUGAACCAAAAGUUGUUCCCGUCAACCAUUUGGGGAACCGAUUUCUUUUCUGGGUUGGAAUUCAAUUCAUCAAAAGGAAAUAUUGGAAGGGACUUCGGUUUCUUUGAAGGAUGUUGGGAGAAUUCAUUACCAGAGUAUUAGUAUUGGUUCUGGGUUAUGCUUACCCUGCCUUUGAAUGUUUCAAAACCGUGGAGAAGAACAGAGUAGAGAUUGAAGAGCUUCGAUAUUGGUGUCAAUACUGGAUACUUGUUGCUGUGGUAACAGUUACAGAGAGGAUAUGUGACAUCUUGGUAUCAUGGGUGCCAAUGUACUGGGAAAUGAAGUUGGCCUUGUUUAUAUAUUUGUGGUAUCCAAAAGCAAAAGGAAGCGGAUAUGUAUACGAUACCUUGCUGAAGCCCUACAUGAUUAAACAUGAAUCUGACAUCGACAGGAAUCUGGUAGAAUUCAGGGCCAGAGCUUGGGAUCUGCUGGUUUAUUAUUGGGAAAAUUGCACCCAGUUGGGCCAAUCCACAUUUUUCCAACUUCUUGAUUUUCUCUUCACUAAUGUUGUGAAGCUUCGCCAGCCCAUCUUACAGAGACCGGAAGUCAAAGACCCUCCUCCGCCAGCCCCACCGAGCACGCCACCGCCGGUGCCACCGAGUCCCAGCAACACGCCCUCAUCAGCCACCACCGGAGGGGGAUUAUUCCGAAGGAACAGGAAUUCAUUUGACCGGAGGCGGCCACCACUACCGCCGCAAUCCCCCUUCAGCUCCCACCGCUCCGUCGCACAACCGACCCCGUCGGAGUCAGUUCAAGUCCAUCUCCACGAAGAAACGCAGUUUGUCCGGACAGAGGAACAUCCGUCGGAGAUAGAAAUGGACUUGGAAAAGGAUUCGGAUAGUUCUAGGAGCCCACCCAAAUCGGCUCCUUCAGAAGAACAUAAGCAUCAACACAACUUGAAUCAACAUUUAAAUCUAGCUCGCCUCAAAUUGAGGCGCUCCAAAGGCUUUCAUUAGUUUUACAAAAAAGAUUACAGAAAUGUAGACAGAAACAGAGUAGGUGAAAUGAAAGAGAAAAUGACAGUGAAUUCAUUGUAAUUAGUUUUUUUUUUUUUUUUUUUUUUCAUUAGUGAUUGAUUCUUAAUUCUUUCCCAUCUCUCUGUUUUCAAUUUGUCAUGAUAUAACAAACAAGCAACAAAAAACCAAAAUUGAGAAACAAAAAACUUCCAUUUGUUGUCUAAAUCAUCAGUAUAGAAACAAUUUCCAAUUGGGACACAAAAUCAAUCAAUGAAGAGCAACCUAGAAAAAGCCAUGGAGUCCCCACCCAUUCUUAUUCAUCUCUUUCUCUGUAUGUAGUUUUUUUUUUUCCUUCUUCUUUUCUCUUGAAAAGAAGAAACUCGAGCUAUCUGGAGCUACGAAGGCAAACAGUCUGCAACAGCCAAUCAAAGGCGUGAUUGAGUCUCCCAAACACAUGGACAUUGAAGAAGUUGCGGAGAGCUCCGACGGGAUUGUUGGCCUGAAGUUUGAUCCAGAUACGGCGGAAGAAGUUCCUCCCGGUAGCGUCCGGAGUGCUGGACAUGGGCUGGAGGUAAGCAAAGGCGGCCUGCUUAACAAGAUGGUUUUUAAUGGAGAUAUUUUUGGAGGCCGAUUGGGUUGGGGAGUUGGGCUUGGGAGAGUUAACGGCCGUUGACGGCAGAAGAUCUUUCAGGGAAGUGUAGGAAGAUGGCUUGAUUAAGACAGGGUCAAAGUCUACUCCCGACGACCAGGAUGAGAAAGGAGACGGCGUCGCAAUUGAUGGACGGUGAUUCUUGAAAGAAAGGCUGAGAACUGAUUUAGAAUAGGAGUUGCUCCGGCAGCGGAGGAGGCGGGUCUGGGUGGUGGUUGUUGGCAAAGGAGUUGCCGCGCCGUCGUCCAUGGCCCCACAAGUCCACCGCUUCCCACUGGGUUGUUUGUUAUUUUAGCAGGGAAAGAGAGAGUUUUUGAGGUUACACUGUUUUUUUCUGGUUCCUAAUUUAUUUAUAUUUGGGGGUGCUUUAUAUACUUUAUUAGUAUAGCUUUCAAAGUGGCGGCUAUGUCUUUAUAAGGUCGAUUAUUAUUAGACUGAUUGUGGAAUGGUUUUAUUUGCUAAAUCAAUUUUUGUGAAUAAAUAUGAAAUAUCUUUUCCUU